AUGGCUCAACCAAGAACUAGCCGGGAUUCCGGUACGUUUUUCGCCAACCUUCUGGCGAACCGACGUAACGCAGGAGCAGCGGAGGCCAACUCGCCGUUGAAUAGUAGAGCCAAGGUUGGGUUGCUCACCCGUACGCUUAUCCCAAGCCCCAUCAUCCAGUGGAUUCUCCCGGCACGCCUGCGAAGCAAACUCCAGAAUGACGUCGUGUUCGUUGGGGAGCGAAGCCUCCAAAUUAAAGAAGCAGUGUCUGGUGUUCACUUGGAGACUGUCACGUCGAAGGCAGAUUUCGAUGCCAAUAUUAUGGCAGCCAAGGCCAUCAACGUGAGCGCCGAACUACCGUGGGAGGCUCAGAUGAAGCUUGAAUCCGGCACAGACCUUCCAAAAGACCUGCCUCCCCAAAUCUUAGUUCUCAGCCUCGCGUCCAAGGAGCUGGUGUUUCUGUAUUAUUCUAAUCUGGAUGGGCGAUUUAUCCACUUUCAUCGCCCUUUACCGAACGAUGUCAGCACCUUCGAGCGAUUUGGGAGGAAUAUUGCUGUCGAACCUCGGUCCCGUGCUGUCGCGGUCAGCGCCUCAUGUGAUUAUUUUGGAGUCUUCGUCCUGCAAAAGACCCCUGAACUCCAGGCGCAGAUGUCCACUGACGAGCUAGAUCCGGUAGCAGAGGAACGCUUCUUUCGUGUUGACGGGGACAUCCUCUUCAUGGAAUUCUUAUACCCCAAGUCUGAAGAUGCCGGGAAAAUCAUCUUGCUACUUUUGGUCGCCCAAGAUCAGCUCACGCACGCGAUAUGUUACGAAUGGGAUGCCAACGAAACCUUCCGGCAUGCGACGCCUAAAGUGACCAAACGCCUGCUGGCUUUCGAGGAUAGACUGCCCACCAUGCUAAUCCCGUUAACAAAGACAUCUUCCUUCAUGCUCAUCACAACGACGUCAAUGGCGAUAUACAAAAACAGAUUAGAUCCGCGGCGACAACCUAGUAGGUACCCACUUCCGACGUUGGACAGUGAAUCGCAAAGGGCACCUCUGUGGACUCGGUGGGCAAGGCCCCUCCGUAACUGGCUGUACAACCAAAAACACGACGACAUUUAUCUCUGCCGGGAGGACGGGAAGAUCUCGUAUCUAGGAAUCGGCAGUGAAGGCGAAGUAGAGAAUCAAACACACCUCGGGCAGCUUUGCUGUGAUGUUGAUGCAGCAUUCGAUAUUCUCGACAUUGGCCAUGAGGGUGGGGACCUGCUUCUGGCUGCGGGCAACACGGGGGACGGAGGUCUGUUCAUCCAAAAAGCUCGCGAUCACCCUAGAUGCGUCCAGAAGUUUAUGAAUUGGACGCCGGUCACAGAUUCUGUCAUUGUGAGGCCUUCCGGGCAGGAUCAGUCCAGCACCAACAUCCCCGAGGACCGAAUGUUUGUAUGCUCGGCGUCAUCGUUUGGGCGCGGUGCCGUCGUGGAACUCCGCCAUGGCAUCGAAGCGCAAAUCGGGCUGGUCAUUUCCCUGGAGGAUAUGUUCAGUAUGGGAGAUAUAUGGACAAUGUCGGACGGUAUGGACGGGGGAAUCUUCGUUCUUACAUCCGACCCGAUCUCUUCCACCCUCUUGCACCUCCCUGCUGAUUUUGGAGACGAGAUCUCUGCGAUUGAUGAAGCAGACUCUGGGCUGGACUUUGGAGCCCAAACUUUAGCUGCGGCGUGCACCAAUUCUGGUGUUGUCAUCCAAAUUACCGAUAAAGCGAUACAUCUCGGGGCGAUUGCUGAACCCGCAGCCAAUUCCCGUUUCGAGUAUGGGCCAGACCAGGCUAUUGCUGUUGCCGCGGUCAGCACUCAUGCCUCCCUCAUCGCUACGGCCGUUCGUACUCGAAAUGAAGUGCAUCUCUAUUCGAAGCGGUUGACCGUAACCAAUGAUGCUCAACUCGGACUUGUUGAUGUCGGUCAACCCUUGAGAGUCGUGGACGAGCCUGUCUGCAUGUCCAUUGAAACUUUUGGUAGUGGAUCUUUUGUUUUUAUUGGGUCAGGCAAUGGGAAGAUUUCGGUCUACCGCGUGCAGGAGACUGUGUCAUUCCUUCUCGAGAUACCCAUAGACCUAGAGCUGGGUGAAGACAUUUCGAAGGCAAUUGACAGCCUUGCAGUAGUCACUGUUGCCACUGAUGGACCUGCUCAGAGGUACAUGGUCUUGUGCGGUCUACGAAGCGGUAUCCUGGUCCCACUUGAAUUGGGCUUGGAUCCUGAUAGUGCCACUGCUCCGAUUGUGCUGGAACAAGCCUUGCCACAGCGACUGGGGCAUACAUCGGUCAAAGUUCAGAGCAGGGGAAAUUUCGCCCUAUUGACCUGUGGGCACGGUUUUUGGCAAAUGUCUUGUAUCCAAAGUUCGGGUAGAUCGGAUUGUAUUCUUCAAAAGAUCUGGAUCACGGACCAAAACAAUCCCGCUUACCACCCAAAGAGUGUGCAUAGUUUUGCACUCACAAGCAUCACAGACCCCGAAACGGGUAGCUUGUCCGACAGCUUGUUCUGUAUAGCAGACGGGCAAGUCAUGAUCUGCACCCUGGAUCACGAGGCAAAGACUGUGCCAAGGAGGAUCGAUUUGCCUGGCAGCGCCAACAGACUGGCGUACUCGCCGCAUCUCCGAAGUUUAAUAGUAGCAUACACCCGGACCGAGUACGACACCGAAUCGGAUCCCAUCCGACGCUACACUCGGCCAUGCAUCGAGUUCGUGGAUCCCGAUUCACAGCAGUCCGUUGUCGAUAUCCUCGAGGCCCCGCAGAGCGAGCCUCGACCAUGGAGACCACAGGGCACUGCAGGGGAGAAGAUCAGUUGUAUUCUCGACUGGACACCGAAGAAGGGCGAUGAGGAGUACCACAUGAUCGUCAUUGGAACUGCUCGUAAAAACCAACCUGAUCGAGGGCGGGUCAUCUUUCUCCAAGCAUCUCGGAGCCCGUCCAAUCCUACCCAGAUUGAGUGCACCGUCAAGUACAUUCACAAGUUCGAAGGCCCGGUGUAUUCCAUCGCCCCUUACGGCGAUUUCACUCUCAUCGUUAGUACCGGCCAUGAGAUCGUGCCUCUGGAACCCAAGUCCUCCCAAACACGAUGGGUCCGCGCCGCCAGGUUUCCGGUGCUGUCACCGGCGAUGUCGAUCACCACCCGCGAGCCCUAUGUAUACGUGUCAGCGUCGCGCGAGUCGCUGAUGGUGCUCAAGGCCGCGGAUGACCGACUGGUCCUUCAUGCAUUCGACCGCCAAAAGCACGACGGGCUCUCCCAUAUUCACCUUGAUGGCGAGAUGAAACUGACCCUGGCCUCGAGCAGAGGGGGACGAGUCAGUAUCUUGACCGAGGAAGGGGUCGCUGAUAAUGACAAGGUGAUGCCCAUGGCGCUCUGCGAGGCACACCUCCCGUCGUCUGUGAUGAAACUCGCCGCGGGUUCCAGCCGCUCGGCCUUAUCCCCCGAAUCCCGAGUAUACUACGGCACAGCUAUGAACGGUACUGUCUAUAGUUUCUCAACACUGGGCGAGACAGAAUGGCGGUUACUCCAUCUACUACAGGACCUCUGCGUCCGGGACCCCGUCGUCUGUCCGUUCAGCCCCAAGCGGAAGCAACAGAGGCACCCGGUGGGCCACGAGCCUCUCGACUUCCGGCCGUCGCAGAUGCACAUCGACGGAGACAUUCUCGCUCGUCUCGUGCCCCACGGGUCGAGUCGUCUCACGCAUAUGCUGAUGGGCGAGUCCUCUUCCCUUGACACGACCAGCCAUGGAGAGACCUGGACCCGAUUCAACGAGUUAUCCAUGGCAGUCCUCGGGGAAGAGAUGAGCCCUGUCGAUGCGGUAAUGGGGUGGUUAAAGAAGAUACUGCAUGUGGAGUUUUGA